GGCGUGAAUGAAAAGAAAACCAAAACAAAUCGCUCGCUUUAAAUUCUUUCGAAAAAUCAGCAUCGGGAUGGCUAGUCGCGUGGGCAUGCUUUUGGGACAGGUUAUUCCGUGCGUUAAACAAAACGCAUCCAAGAUCCGAGUGCGUAGAAUGGAGUUGGACACAAAUCUCAACAUGUACUUUAAAAAGGAUGAAUUCUACUUUGCACACGACCCGGACAAACGCUGCAAAUCGGGAGACAUCGUGUUGAUCAAGGAGCUGCCGGAAAAGUUAACUCGCCUAAUAACGCACAAGAUUGAGGAUAUCGUGUAUCCGCUCGGCGACAUCACUGAUCCGAUCACCGGCAAAAAGGUGGUUGUCGGCAAAUAUCGCGAAGAUAUCGAGGAAGCCAAUCGACUGUUUGGUAAAUCGAAGGAUGCGUUCGAUUACUCCACCGCACCACCACGUGGCCGGCUCGAAGGCACGAGAGAUUUCACGCACGGUGAAACGUACAUCAAAUACCACGAUGAUGGCAAGGAUCAACCGUUUGCCGUGUAGAUCCAUGGUUUUAUCUUAAGUUUUGACUUGUUUGGAAGGAAAUGUAGUGUAUAAUACAAUAACGCUAGCACCGGU